GCUCUGUGUGUUGUCAUGUUCAGAAGACAGCAAGCAGAUCUCCCUUCACUGCGCUUUAAGUCUUUCUGCAAUUUCUUUUUAAGCAGGUGUGAAAGUAAAGAGCUUGAUGUUGAAAUAAGGAACCUGAUAGAGAGGAGUGGCACUUCCAAGUCGUGUGAGGACCUUGAACCUAUUGCCCAAGGGAGUCUGAACCACCAGAGGACUUCGUGUUCCCAUAAGACCUGCAGCGAGACAAAUGCUCAAGGCCGUCUUGGAAGCACGUGGGCAGAUGUGAGUGAAAUGGAAGCUCCAGUAGAUCCACUAGAAACAAAGCAGGUAUUACCAAACAAACAGAAGACUGUAUUAGCCAACUCUCAGGAGCGACAUAUCCUCUCACUGGAAAGACAGAGACAAGAGCUUCUGGAGGUGAACAAGCAAUGGGAUCGUCAAUUUAGGACCAUGAAACAGCUUUAUGAAAAACAGCUGGCAGAAGUGAAAGCAAAACUGCAUGUGUCAGAGAGGAGAGUCAGUGAGCUGGAGGAAGAAAGACAUCGACAUCCUCCAGAAAAGGAGAGGUUGCAGGUCCUGGACAGAGACAGACCAUCGCAGGAAACGAAAGAAACAAAGGUUUUCAGUGAAGCCUUCCAUGAAAUAAAGGAAGAAAACAAGCUCCUGAAGCAGAAGAAUGCAUCAAUGAUAAGAAAACAAGAGCACUAUGAGUGUGAAAUAAGUCGUCUCAAUAAGGCCCUUCUGGAUGUGUUGAAAAAGAACUCAUCUGUCUUAGGGACUACUUCAGAGACGGGUGACAAGAACAGCCUGGAUGACAUGAGAACCCAACUUGAAGUUCUCAAACAACAGGUACAAAUAUAUGAAGAAGACUUCAGAAAGGAGAGAUCUGACAGAGAAAGACUUAAUGAGGAGAAAGAAGGGUUGCAGAAAGCUAAUGAGAGAUUACAGGCUCAACUGAAUAAACUAAACUCUCAGAUGAAGACCUGUCUGAAAGGAAAGGAACAAGAAAGGCAGUUACAGCAGCAGACAAAAGACAUUCCAGUACAGUCCGAGAGGCUCAGCUACCCACCUCCACUCUUUCUCUCCCCAUGUGUUAAUUAUGGGAGUUGUGGGUUGGUUCUUCACUAUCAAGAUCCUCGAGUCCACCCAGCGUCUCACAGAGCACAAGAACAGCAGCAGCACUCACCAGACUAUCAGUGGUAUGUUCCUGACCAGUUUCCGCCAGAUGUUCAGCACAAGGCAAAUGAUUCAUCCUCAAAGAAAGGAGCCCAUCGCUGACAGCCUCUGACCUGGAGAAGCAUAGACCCAAGUCUGCAAGCUAGUCUUGCAAUUUCGUUAUUUUGUUUUGUUCUGGAUUUUUAUUUUUAUUUUUUUAUUAUUAUUAUUUUUUUUUUGCCCCUAGCUCCUUAUCUCUUCAGUACAUGUUAUUUAUGCCUCAUGAAAUCCCUGUGAGGACAAUAGAAAAGCAGAUCGUUCAGGCUAGAGAUCCUCAUGAUCUGGUUAAACUCUGCUGGGAAGCGUUAAUGCCCUUUGUUCUGAAGAUGCUGUUUGUGCUGGCUAUUUGUUAAGAAGCCUUGUGAUAAAAGAUGCAGCUAUUGCUGGGGCUUUGGAAGACAGUUGCAUCUGAUUUGAAUUCAAUAGCUUCCAGCUCUAUUGUGUUGUGAUUCUUUCUAUUAAAGGAUUGUUGUUAUAGUUGCUUUUGAUUCCUGGGAAUGAUUUGUUGAUGUACCAUCUUGAAUUCUGUAGGUUUUCUUGGUUGUGGGUUAAAAAUGAAAUGCACUUCACUGUUUUAACACAUUUGUGCAACUGGGAUCAGGUACCACUGAUGCUAGGCCAGGCACAAGGUGCCUAUUCCAAUUCUGAGUCCAGGUCAGCCCUCCUUUCAAUUUGGUUCCAAAAGUAUAUAUAUAUAAAAGUGGUUUUUUUUUCCUAUGCAUACUUAUUUGUAUCCAUAUCAUUUUUGCAUAAGCAUUUCAUGGGUUUAACUUCACAGUGAAAAUGAAUUUAUAUUUCCAAAGAAUUCUUGCAAAGAAUCCCACUGUAAUGAAUCUGAACAUUGUUGUGUGACCUCCAAAGAAUAAAACAUGUGUUUCUGAACAAAACUA